UUUGGAAUUUUUCUUACUAUAAUGUCUGGUCGUGGUAAAGGAGGUAAAGGCUUGGGGAAAGGUGGUGCUAAGCGCCACCGCAAAGUGCUGCGCGACAACAUCCAAGGCAUCACCAAACCCGCCAUCCGACGUCUGGCUAGGCGCGGUGGCGUGAAACGUAUCUCUGGCCUCAUCUACGAGGAAACCCGGGGGGUACUGAAAGUAUUCCUGGAGAAUGUGAUCCGUGACGCUGUUACCUACACCGAGCACGCCAAGCGUAAGACGGUCACCGCCAUGGAUGUGAUCUACGCGCUCAAGCGCCAGGGACGCACCCUCUAUGGUUUUGGCGCUGGUGUACUUGGUGACGGCCUUCGUGCCUUCGGACACGGCGUGUUUGGCCAACUCCCCUGGAAGCAGCAAGCGAACAGCAGUCUGGAUCUCUCUGGAGGUGAUGGUAGAGCGCUUGUUGUAAUGCGCCAGACGGGAUGCCUCGCCAGCGAUACGCUCAAAGAUGUCGUUGACAAAGGAGUUCAUGAUACCCAUAGCCUUAGAGGAGAUGCCGGUGUCGGGGUGGACCUGCUUCAGCACUUUGUACACUCACCGCUUUCUUGGAGCCCUUCUUCGGGGCUGGAGCGGAUUUGGCAGGUUCAGGCAUGGCGGAAAAUCACCACUGACUUUACCGGUGAGUCUUCCACAAUGUCUGGACGCGGCAAGCAGGGCGGCAAGGCACGCGCAAAGGCCAAGACUCGCUCUUCUCGAGCUGGUCUCCAGUUUCCCGUGGGCCGCGUACACCGCCUGCUCCGCAAGGGCAACUACGCCGAGCGGGUCGGGGCCGGCGCCCCUGUGUACCUGGCGGCGGUGCUGGAGUAUUUGACCGCCGAGAUCCUGGAGCUGGCGGGCAACGCGGCUCGCGACAACAAGAAGACUCGCAUCAUCCCGCGCCACCUCCAGCUGGCCAUCCGCAACGACGAAGAGCUCAACAAGCUAUUGGGCAAGGUUACCAUCGCUCAGGGCGGUGUCCUGCCUAACAUCCAGGCGGUGCUGCUGCCCAAGAAGACCGAGAGCCAUCAUAAGCUGAGUGUUUAUGUCAUGGCCCGUACUAAGCAGACGGCUUGGAAGUCCACCGGCGGCAAGGCGCCGCGCAAGCAGCUGGCCACCAAGCACCUCUAUCGGCCCGGCACCGUGACGCUGCGCGAGAUCCGCCGCUACCAGAAGUCCACCGAGCUGCUGAUCCACAAGCUGCCUUUCCAGCGGCUGGUGCGCGAGAUCGCGCAGGAUUUCAAGACCGACCUGCGCUUCCAGAGCUCCGCGGUGAUGGCGCUGCAGGAGGCGUGCGAGGCCUACCUGGUGGGGCUCUUCGAGGACACCAACUUGUGUAUCUACUGCAAGAUGUCAGGUCGGGGUAAAGGAGGCAAAGGCCUAGGAAAAGGCGGUGCUAAACGUCACCGUAAGGUGCUGCGCGACAAUAUCCAGGGCAUAACUAAGCCUGCUAUUCGGCGUCUGGCUCGGCGAGGAGGUGUGAAGCGUAUCUCUGGCCUCAUUUACGAGGAGACUCGCGGCGUUCUGAAAGUGUUUCUAGAAAAUGUGAUCCGCGACGCUGUCACCUACACCGAACACGCCAAGCGCAAGACAGUCACCGCCAUGGAUGUGGUCUACGCGUUGAAACGCCAGGGCCGCACCCUCUACGGAUUUGGUGGCUGAAGGCGUGUUUGAUUUCGCUCCAACAAAAGGCCCUUUUCAGGGCCCUCCACUUUCUCACCUAAGGAGCCGUGAUGUGAUGCUGCCAUAGGAAGGCGUUUUCUUUGGCUGCCUGCCGCUCAGUGUAAGUUAGCGCAGGCAACUGCGCAUGCCUUCUCAAUUGCUAAGGAAAUUGUCCAUGAUAUCUCACUCUGGAUUAAUGCUUAAGUAGUUGUUUUUUACUCUCACCUUUGUGUAGCUAGCUUCUGGUAUUGGGGUAAGACUUUGCUUUUAGUUCUAUUCCUCCAGCAAUAGUAAACCUAGCAUUAAAGAGAAGCAACCCCAAAAGUCAAAACAGUUGAAAAAACGAAAAUUUAAUGAGAAAAAUAUCCAAAUAUGCUAAAGAGCAGGAAAAUUUUAGGCACUAUGUGAUCAGGAGAGGCUUAGAAUACUAGGUUCUAUAGGGGAAAAACUAAAGCAACUGAAAGAUAAAAAUUAGUUCUUAAUCCUUGGACAUAAAUACCGUAGAAAAGCAAACAGAUACAUACAUUUGGACAUAGGAGAUAGAUAAUCCCCUCUGAGUUUAUUAGAAAAUGUAAGGGCUGUGAAUGAGAUCCUGCAUACUGCAUGUUUUGAAACAUCAAAACCCCAUUAAUUUAUCCCUACGGUACCUGUCUCUAUGGAGUAAAUACAUUGGAUGUCCAUUCUUCUUAAUGUCUGCCCCCUAUCAGCCCGUGAGCUUCUGAAUUAAAAAAAAUAUAGCAAUCUGAAUCUGAAAUAGAAAAAUUUGCUCUGACAGUAUAUUGGGUAUUAUAACAAUCUGAAUAGGUAGAAUCCAACUAUUUUCAACUGUACUUCAGUGGGCCACAGUCAUCUCCUGCCAGACUAAAAGAGUGGCCCAACCCCUUCUCAGGUAAAAUGGAGGUGGUACAUCACAGAGAAGGCCAAAUCAGGACCAAAUGGUGCACCAUACAUGUAUAAAGAUAUAGCUUCCCUUAAAAGGGGCUUUUGGGAACCAAAUAAUACUCUGAGCAGUGGGGCCUCUUCCAGGGGAAGCAUUAGAGGCUUAAGACCCUCCAAGGUUACAGCUCUAAGACACAGCACCACAGCGCUUGCACUAGGCUGAUGUCCCAAGGAAUUACCUGGGCAGCUGCCUGUCUUCAUCCUGCCAGUGACAAGACAAAUGAUCAGGGUUGAAGAUAUCUGCAACAUAUGCUGAGUCCAGACUAUUUAAUAACUGAAUAUGCUCAAAACAUAAUUGGUAAUAUAUAUUUACACUGAUCCCUGGAUAAUAACAAGUGGUAUAACUUUUGGUCUGCAAAUUGGCAAUCAACUGAGUGGGUUAUAGCCAUCCAGUAUCAGGUAGAGGAAUUGGCAAUGGCAACAAGUAUAAAAAGAGAAAUAACAACCAUAGGUAGUGUAGCAGCCCAUGAGGACCAUGUCAGUCCAGAGGCCAAAGAAGACAACGAGCAUUUCUGAUACAUGAACUUUUAUUCAGGGCUUACUUCCAGGGUCAGAAGUCUUGGAGAGAUCAUGAUGGCUCUCUCAGACCGGGCAGGCAUGGCAUUCACAGGGAAGUCAACCAUGAGAUGCAAAGAGGACAGCAAACCGUUUAUAAGGGUUUAAGACAAAGGCAUUCCUAAGGGUGGGGGGAGCACAGACAAGGGGAACAGGUCACAAGUGGUGGUGUAGGAGGGACUAGACUAACACUUGAACAAUUACAUUUUGCCUUUUUGUGUGAGACUAAGAGCUUCUCACUUCCUGCCUGCUUGCAUAAAGUUACAUUUUAAGGUCAAUUUACCCUUUUUCUCUUUACUGACUUAGAAAGACAAUAGGUUAAACAUUUAGCUGCCUAGGUCAUGCAGACUGCUGUGCACCAAGAUCUGAAGGCCUGUUUUGCUCAGGCCAUGGGCUGCCACAGGUAGCUUUAAGUGCUGCCAAAAAUGUGGGCCAUGCAAAUUAAAUUUUUAUCAUCUGAAGAAAUAAAAUUUCAAAAGAAAUAUACCUGGGAAAAGAUGAGAGAUUUUUUUAGGUCCCCUACUGGGGAAUAAAAUGGCUCACAAGCCAAUAAAUACAAAGUCAAAAUUAAAAUAUGCCAAACUCAUAGGACAUGGAGGUAUCAGGACAAACUCCUAAAGGCUGACAGUGGUCAAUCUGUUGUUAAGGCAGCCCCUCAAACAUGGAAGUAACCAAGAAACACUCUUUGCAGCUAAACUGAUACAGGAUUGGGCAAAGGUAAAUGAAAA